CUCAUGUGACCAUCACCACAAUCAAAGUACUAAGUAUAUCCAUCAUCUCCAAAAGUUUCUUUUCACAAAGAAACCUUCGUUGUUUCAGUAUUGCUGCUUUCACGGUAAGAACAUCCAAGAUGAGAGAGUAUGCUACCAUUGCCAUCACCACCACCAUCGCCAUGAACAGUGUCACGCAGAUUCACACAUGGAGCUUCAGUCGUACAACCAAUGCUUCGAUCGUUGGUUUGUGGAGAAGUUUCUCAAGGGGGACAGCUCUGGGGAGCCGUGCUCCAACCUCUUCAAGUAUUACCUGCAGUGUGUUCAGAAAGGAAUAGCAGAGAGAAUCCCUGUUGAAGGACUGAAGUUCAUGGGCCAUGGCGAAGAAAAGCAUGAAGAGUCUACUUGACCUUGAAAAUGGAUUCCUCAGAUCAUGCAGUUAAGGACUCUGGAUUUUGUCAACCAAGUCCGUGAAGACGGCCAUCUGGUUUGACGGGGAAUUUAGGCAAGAGAAGUUUUGUUUCCUCCUUCUUGAUGUUUUCCUCUCACUUGUAAAAGAUGAUGAUCUCUCAC